ACAAUUCCAAUUCAAAGCUUAACAAAUUCUACUUACUUUCGAUUUAUCUGAAACUUUUUUCGUAUCUUUCAGAAGCAUUAUCACUGUUCGAAAUGUUCUCGUCCUUUCUAAGAGGUGACCUUUCGGAUAACGAAGUUGAUUUUCUCGCCUCAGAAGGCCGAGACUAUUUUCUCACCCGCGGAAUGAUUUACAAAAACAAGAGUGGAAAUUUAGAGCACAGACCCUUUACUGUCCUUCCCACUCCAUUUCCAAGAAGACUUUUCGCAGCUGCCAGAGAGGUUCAAAAGGAUUUUAAUUUGCUGGUGCACAAGGCAAGCCAGGAUUUCCAGUUCACGAAAGACGCACUUCUGAGUACCAUAACUGCGGAUGUAUUCACAGCAAAAAUAUUUGCCAUUUACGAGAAAACUCAAGAGCAAGGCAUAGAUCAGCCCAUUUCGUUGGGAAUCUUCCGAUCGGACUACAUGCUUGAACAAACAAGCGGGUCGCACAACCAAGAAGACGAAAACUUAAACCUUUGUAUCAAACAAGUUGAACUAAACACUAUUUCCAUAAGUGCCAUAUCUUCAUCAUGUCGUGCUUCCAGCCUUCACAGACAUCUGUUGAAUCUUAUUGGAAAAGAGGAGAAGUCACCGCCUCCAAACUUUGCACUCGAUGAAGUAGCUGAGGGACUCAUUAAGGCCUGGGAACUAUACGAGUCACCGAGUGCAGUUAUCAUGUUUGUCGUUCGUCCCGACGAAGUAAAUGUGUAUGUCCAAAGGAUUCUGGAAUACAGCAUCAGAGACAAAAACCGCGCUGUAAAAGUGAUCAGACGAACCUUGACCGAAAUUUGUACUCGAAGCGAAAUACAGGGCGACAAAUCCCUCUUUGUGGAUGGACUUGAGGUCGCUGUAGCUUACUUUAGAGCAGGUUACACACCCGUUGACUACCCUAGUGAAGACGAAUGGUCAGCUCGUCUGACAAUCGAGCUGUCUCGUUGUAUUAAAUGCCCGACAGUGGCUCAUCAGUUGAUGGGAACCAAAAAGAUGCAACAAGUAUUUGCUGAACCUGGAGUUUUAGAAAGGUUUUUACCGAAUAGAGAGGCAGUGGACAGAGUAAGAGCAACCUUUACUGGAUUAUACACUCUCGAUCCGGGACCAUCAGGAGAUCGCAAUGUCGAGUGUUGUCUCCAAGCCGUGGAAAGGUUUGUCAUGAAACCUCAGAGGGAAGGAGGAGGUAAUCUCAUCUAUGGGGAAGAUAUCCGGCACACACUCCAAAGCAAUCCUGAAAAGCGUUCUCAGUAUAUUUUGAUGGACCGAAUUCGACCUGCUUGCAUCAACAGGAACUUUAUCGUUCGUCAGGAGUCCAUAAAACCUGCAGAAAUUAUCUCUGAACUGGGGAUUUUUGGCAUUUUUCUCAGUCAGGGAGAUGAGAUACUGAUCAACAAAGAUGGAGGCUACCUUGUCCGCAGUAGGCCAUGGGAUAAGUUAGAAGUGAUAAGUCUUCAUGGAGAAGGCGCCUACUGCAGUCCAUAUUUGGUAGACUAGAAUGCACUUCACUUAAAGAGUAGCAAGCGAAUAGAUUUUAUGUUGCUGUGCGGCUGUGCUGUAGAAAAACACAGAUAACGUCAAGAUGUAAUAAAAACGAAAGAAUGGCACAGGAGGCACA